AAUAAGGUCGGGGAUUACUCAAUUUGAGAACGGAAGUCUGGCUGAGCCACCCCUUGCUGGUGUAGAUUGCUCGGCGCCAAAGGGCGGACCACCAAGCCGCAGACCACGCAGGCGCAGACCCAGCGCUCCGCGCCGGAGGUCCCAGCGUGCCCCGGGAGGACGGCCGGCGGCGGCGCGCACGCGCAGAGGCGAACUCGGACGCCAUGACGUCAUCGGGACGCGCCGACGUUCCCUGGGCGGUGCCGCGGCCUCGGCCCGCGUGGACCCACCUCACCGGACCCGCCCCCGACAGGCUCCGCCCCCAGGCCCGCGGAGUGGGGGUGCACCCGGCCCAGCGGACCCCUCGCCCCCAGCUGGCGAGCGCGCGUCUCCCCGGGCUGCGUGGCCUCAGUGGCGACCGGCAUGCGUCCACGCGCGGCCCGACCAAGACCGGCGCCGCGUUGGACAUGGAGAAGCCAGAGACCCUGCUGGCCCUGGAACGAGCAGAAAUAACAGCCAAAUACAAGCAGUCAGGGGAGCUGCGUAGCCUCAGCACCCAGGGCCUCAGCAUCGGCGGCCGCAGCACCCACUCGGCGAGGCAAGAAGCCCAGGAGAUCGGGCGAGCUGACAAGUGGGUAAAGAUGCUGAGGAAUUGGAGUAAAUACCGGGGCGGCGAGAAGGUACCCCACAAGGCCCAGGGAGAAUCCGAUGCCAGGGCUGCAGCCAGCCCAGCUGGGGUGCCCGCAGGAAGGGAGCAGCGAGGCCACGGCCCCCUCUUAGUUGCGGGAGACCCAGCCCCUCCGGAGCAUCCUCCAGACGCCUCUCGCUCUCUCUCCUCCUUGGCAUCCCCUGCGCCUGUCUCACAGCUGGCUUCUCUCCCGGAGAUGCGCCGGCAGGUCUACAGAGGAAUCUCCCCAUGGGUGCGAGGUCGGGUAUGGUCUCUGCUGUUGGACAUGGAGAAGGUGAAGGCGGAGAACAAAGGGAAAUACCAGGACUUCCCUGGUGGCGCAGCGGUUAAGAAUCCGCCUGCCAGUCCGCCCCACCCCUUGGCCCCGCCCACAGAGCCCGAAGAGCAGGCCGGGCUGUACUCCCAGGACAGAAAGCAGAUCGACCUGGAUGGGAGCCGCACCUUCCGAAACCACAUCAUGUUCCGGGAGCGCUACGGCAUCAAGUGGGCUCUCCCCCGGGGCCCCGCGCGGGGAGUUCGUGGACCUGGGUCUGCAGCUGGGAUGGCGGGUGCCCGACCCCCGGCCUGGCGGUGCCGGUUGAGCCUCGAGGGGGGCGCGAGUGAGCACUUGAGGAGCGCGGGCGGCGGUGUGGGGCACGGGAUGGGGGGCGCGAGGGGAGAGUGGAGACCGGUCUGGACUGGCUCAACAGGCCCCAGAGGGCCCCGCGGGAGGGGAGGGGCUCCAGGCAGCAGAGACCAGGCUGGACCCGAGCCCAGAUGGAACGAAUGGAACGAAUGCGGUCGGCGGGGUCAAAAUGACUGUGGAGGGGGGCAGAAGAGGCCUCCGGGUGGGUCCUCCAUGCACAUCUGGCUCCUGCAAGAGGUGGGCUGCUGCCAGGGCAUGAACCAGGUCACGGCCAUCCUGCUGAUGUUCCUGAGCGAGGAGGACGCCUUCUGGGCGCUGGUCCAGCUGAUGACUGACAAGAAACGCGCCAUGCGUGGCAGGUGACCACCGAGGACAGCUGGGAGAGCCUCAGGGCCAGGGGUCUCCCUGCAGAGCUCCCCCGGCAGUGGGCUGGCGGGGACCUGGGCCCAGUCCAUCUCCCCAUCGGCGAAGGGCACUGGCUCCCCGCGCUGCCCUCUGGGUCCUAGAGCCGCGGCCCUCGUUCCCGGCCUCGUCCAGGCAACUCUCCCUUCCCUGCUGCUCCUCCUGCCUCACACCUGC